UCUUCCAGAAGUUAUGGCUCAACAAGAUGAACUUGCUCCAGAACCAAUCCUUCACAAAGAGACAACAGAAGAAAAAAAGACUCAAAGCCAAAUUUGUCCAAAAGUCAGCAAGAUGAAGGCAGUGCGGUUUGAUGACAUAGAACCAGAGGAUGACGAUGUGAUACAACAUAUUAUCAGACUGAGAAAAAAGUUUGGUUGGAAAACAUUAAUACCACAACACACCUAUGGAUAUAGAACUUCCAAAAUUAUAAUUCAGAAGACUAUGCGAAAGGAAUCUUUGAAAGAUGACGGAGAAUUUGUGUACUGCCUUCCUCGGAAAAGUUCUAAAAUCCUUCCUAAUCCUUAUGAUCUGCAGGUAGUCUCUGCUCACAAAGCUAGACACUGCAGUGAAUUUUGGGUUAUCACUGCUUCUUUCAUCUCAAAGAUCACUAAAACAGGCGACACAGAAGAAGGAGAGCUCAUGCCGACUCCAGAGUGGUUACUAGAAAGACAGUGUUACAGCUUUUUACAGAAUAUCAAGAUAUUCUCCAAUUUCCGAAUGAACAAGUCAUUUGUAACCUGGAAAUUGAAUGUUAAAAGGAUUAAGAUAGAGAAGAGCCGGUUAUUUCUGUACCACCGUCUCUUUUGGGCUAAUGAGUUAUUUCAAGAAUGUCUGGUUUAUAUAAAGGGACUUUGUGAAGACGCAAUUAACCUUGACGUUGUUGAACAGGAAGAUAAUCCUCUUGCCGCCUGCUUUGUACUGCUGAACAAUUCUCGAACAUAUUCUCUGGAUGAAUUUUGUGAUGCACAGCUACAGCAAGCUCAUCAGACAUUGAAACGACUUGAGAAUAUCAGGGAUAAUGCAAUUUUAAAAAUAAAAGAUACAAUUUUAAAGGUGGCAGAAAAGAAAGAACUCCGAGGAUAUUUUGAGUCAAGAUCGUCUGAAAAUGAAAAGGCACAUUUCAAGCUGCCCAAAUACCGCCGUUUAAUAGAAACAAUUUUGAGGUUUCUGAAGAUGAUUGACUUCAUAUUUCAAGAACUCAUCCAUCGACUAGUGAACACUAUCAUCACAAAGCUUUUGGAAUUGUUCAAUACUUCUGCUAAAGUAAUGCUUUCAUUGGAGAAGAGGAAUGAAGAUCUUAUUAAAACACACAAGUACAACUUGGCUUUCACUGGGAAGAGCACAAAUGAUUUUGAAGACCUUGAUGAUAAUUCAAAAGCAUGUGUUAUUUCAUCAGGAGUGAAAACAGCAAGUUAUGCUAGUGAGGGUCUAACUAAUAGUUGUGUGGAUAUGCGAAAAAUAUGCCCACCACUCUUUGAAGUCAAUAUACACUUGAGAAUGCUUGCUGAGAAUGAUUCAACCGAGAAUUCUCAAGAGAAACUCUUUGAUUCCGACAUAUCCUCUGAAGAAGAACAUGAGCUAGGUGAAGAAGAUGAAAUGCCGGAAAGAGAAGCCAACUCUUUCAAGAAAAGCUCAAGUGAAGAACUACUCCUAGUGGAGAAAUCAAAAAGUUCGAGUUACAACACUGAAGACACGUUUUCAGAUAUGGACAUUGAAAGCGAACUUGAGAAUAAUGGCAUAUGUGAUACAUUCCCUUUUGACCUCUUCAUAGCUCCCAACAGAUUGGAGUUUUCAUCAAAAAUUCAGAAAAUGGUGACUGAUAUUGAAACAUGUUUAACCACAAUUACUCCUCUGUGCCAAGAUCCCCGCCUGUCUGGGCUUACUGACUCGGACUUGAAUAUGAAUAUACCUUAUGAGACGGAAGGUGAAAAACAGUGUAAGCAGCUAACCAGGUGGCCAGAUUGUCAACUGCUUUUUGACAUGGAUACUUCAUACCAACAGAAAGUCGUCUCUCUCCUGACUAUUCUUGGUGAUUCAAUGGCCCUAGUUCGUUCUUACAGCAGCCGAUUCCUUAAAUAUUGUACCGUGGUAAAGACAGCCAAAAUCAUGAGUUUGAAAAUAUCAUCUAUGCAACAGUUAACUACAGCUCAGUUUAAAAGCGUCCUAGAUAAAUUCCGAAGGUACUUCAGACAUAUCGCUAUUAUGACGGUUGAGAAGCGCAUUGGCAUUUUCAGCGUUCUGAGCCUUGACUACCAGUUGGAAUGCUUGCCGUAUGUUGAUGACAUCCUGCAGAUGGCCGAAAACCUCUUGCAAUCUGAAAUUCAAAACAAGAAUACAAAUCUGUUGCAAAUUAUUGAAACGUCAUUGCAGAAGGUGGAAUGUGAUCCCGCUGAGAUUGAAGACUUCGUGGAGCACGUGACUUUUUUGGAUUCAGUUUCCUCAACACUAUCUAAGUUAGAAAGAGAAUAUGCAACACUUUCGGAACUGCAUUCUGUUGCCAGACUUUACCAGGUCUAUGUUUCAGAAGACCAAAGCGCCACAUACAAAGUCCUCCUUACCAAGUUUAGUCAACUAAAAGCUGCUGUGAGAUUAAGUGAAGCAAAUAAAGAGGAUUCUAUAGCUAAAUUCAGAGACAACUUGGAAGAACAAAUCACCAUUCUACGAGUUGAAGUUGGUAAUUUAAAGGUUAAAAUAAGAACUUCUCUCCUGUUAAACGUUAGUACUCCCGUCUCAACGGCCAUGGAAAUGAUUCAGACUCUGUCAGAGGAAGCUGCGGAUUUGUCUGCUAAAGCUAAAGUCUAUUCAAGCUACCAGCAGUGUAUAGAAGAUUCCCCCUCUCAUAUGCAUCCUCUCAAUCUGGAAGAGAUCACGCAGACAGUCCUUUCAGAGAUCUCUGAUAUUGACUACGAGCUAACCUUGCGGAAAAUAUUAUGGGAUGCAAAAGUAGAGUGGGGAGUCCUCUUCUGGGAAUGGAGGAAUAGUACUCUUCAGAUGAUUGACAUAGAGUCACUACAGAAAAAUGUUUCCAAGUGGAUGAGCAUAAUCUUUGUGCUAGAAAAAGGUCUACCUAAAAACGACAUGGUGAAGUACCUCAAGCAGUCAGUGCUAGAUUUUAAACAGGAGCUGCCUAUUAUCAUAGCUCUGGGAAACCCCUGCCUCAAGCCAAGGCAUUGGGAGACGCUCAAAAAAAUCAUUGGACAGUCUGUUUCUCUUGACAAGAACUGUACAGUAGAGAAUCUUGUGGCACUUAAGAUGUUUCAGUAUGAGAAUGAAAUAAAUGAAAUAUCAACUUCAGCAACUAAUGAAGCCGCUCUUGAGAAGAUGAUAUUGAAGAUCACUGAGACUUGGAACACUACCCCUUUACAUUUAGUUCUCCACAACACAGAGACGGACUCUGUUCUAAAGAUCCCAUCUAUCGAUGACAUCCUAGUUCAGUUAGAAGAGUCGCAGAUCAUUCUGGCAAUUGUUAAAGGAUCUUCCUAUCUUGGGCCCAUUAAGGAGCUUGUUCGCGAAUGGGAUCAAAACUUAACGCUCUUCUCUUGCACCCUUGAGGAAUGGAUGAAAUGUCAAAGAAAUUGGCUUCAUCUUGAGCCAGCCUUUCAGUCUUCCGAAAUACAAAGGCAACUUCCAGUAGAAGCAAAACUUUUCUCUUACGUGAUUUCCAUGUGGAAAGACAUCAUGUCAAAGAUACAAAACAAGCUGAAUGUCUUGUGGAUCGCCCUCUCUGCGGGAUUCCUUGAAAUCCUGCAGAACUGCAAUGCCUAUCUCGAGUACAUAAAGAAGAGUCUUGAGGACUACCUUGAAACUAAAAGGAUGAUUUUCCCAAGAUUUUACUUUCUUAGCAAUGCUGAGCUUCUUGAUAUUCUAGCAAACAGCAGAAACCCAGAAUCCAUCCAGCCUCAUCUCAUGAAGUGCUUUGAAAACAUAAAGCAGUUAAUUAUAUGGAAGCAAGACAUUGGGCCACCGGCUGUGAUAAUGCUCAUCUCUGCUGAAGGAGAAACCAUUGUGUUACAAAAGAAAAUCCGCAUAAGAGUUGCUAUUGAACAGUGGCUGGUAAAUGUAGAGAAAAGCAUGUUCAAUAUUUUGAAAAAAUUUGUAAGCCUAGCAGUUGAAGACUGGAGAUAUCAACCUUUUCCCCUGUGGGCCGUAUCUCACCCUGGACAAGUGGUCCUCACUGUGAGCCAGAUAAUGUUUUUUGACGACUGUAUCAAAAGCUUUGUGAGCUCUCACUCCAGAGAAGAGCUGGAAAAGGUCCACAUUGGCAUGCUGUCUCGCCUGGAAGAGAUCGCAGAUCUGGUUGUGCGCGGCUCCAGUAACAUGCGGACCAAGGCUGUGCUCGGGGCCCUGCUCACCCUUGAUUCUCACUGCAGAGACAUAGUCAGAGAUUUGCUCCUUAAGAACAUCUUCAACGUAGAGGAUUUUGAGUGGACAAGACAUUUGAAAUUUAGCUGGAAUGAAAAACAGAAGCUGUGCUACAUAUCUCAAGGAGAUGCCAACUUCACGUAUGGCUAUGAGUACCUGGGUUGCGCCCCGAGGCUGGUUGUCACACCCCUCACCCACAGGUGCUGGCUGACUCUCACUGGUGCGCUGCACUACAACCUGGGCGGCUGUGUGGCCGGCCCGGCCGGGAUGGGAAAGACAGAGAGUGUCAAGGAUCUAGCAAAGUCCUUUGGCAAACACUGUGUGGUCUUCAACUGUUUUGAGAAUUUGGAUUACAAGGUAAUGGGCAAUUUCCUGUUCGGACUAGUUCAGUCAGGAGCGUGGUCUUGCUUUGAUGGAUUCAAUCGAAUCAGUGUGCAAGUUGUUUCUGUGAUCACCUCUCAAAUCCAAGCCAUUAAAGCUGCAAAAGACAGCUAUUCUGUCAGAUUUAUACUGGAAGGAAAAGAAAUUCGGAUCAACAUGUCUUGUGCAAUUUUUGUCACCAUGAACCCUGAAUUCAACGAUCGAGUAGAACUCCCAGAUAACUUAAAGUCUCUGUUUCGCCCAGUGGCAAUGAUGACGCCCCAUUUUGAGAUGAUUACUGAAAUACUAUUAUUUUCAGUCGGCUUCAGAUUUGCAAAAGAACACGCUGCAAAACUAAAUAACCUUUAUGAGUUAGCUAGUAAGCAACUCUCUCAAAAGGAACAUUAUGAUUUUGGUCUGAGGUCUCUGAAGACAAUUUUAAUGAUGGCUGGAAGGAAGAUAAGACUGUUAAAACGGAACUCCAGUGACAGUCUUUCUGAAGCGGAUGAAACUGUGAUCAUUGUCGAGGCUGUGGAAGAAGCAAUUCUACCAAAAUUUCAUCCUGAGGAUGUGCUGCUUUUUGAGACAAUUAGAGAAGAUAUUUUCCAUGGAGCAGCAUCUUCCAAAGUAAACGAAAUCGCCUUGCAGAAAGCAAUGUUCAUUGCAACUCAUCUAUUGGGAUUACAACAAUGGCCAAGUCAGAAAGAUAAAAUCAUACAGUUUUAUAAUCAACUUCAGGCUUAUGUUGGUGUGAUGCUAGUGGGGCCAUCAGGUGGCGGAAAGACGACAGCCAGAAGAAUUUUAGAGAAAACAUUAGUGCUGUUACCCAUCAUAGACUGCCUGUCAGUACAGGAAAUAGACUCGAUUGCACAGGUCACAGCAAGAAGAGGCAAGGUGGACUCCUGUAUUAUAAACCCUAAGUGCGUCACUUUCAAUGAGCUGUAUGGGAAGCUGGACCCUAACACGAUGGAGUGGACUGAUGGGCUGUUAUCGGCAACCCUUAGGAACUAUGUGUAUUCAAACACUUUGAGGUACUCAAAGAAAGACACUGACCUCGGGGAGAAGUUAAGAAGUUCAAAUGUAUCUAAUGUUUUCAAACUUGAUUCUUCUGAUAUAACAGAUACAGAUAACAUUUUCAAGACGGAGAUGGAGAAGUAUACUGAAGUUGCAGCAAGUCAGAACUUGGAUUGGCAGUGGAUUAUACUGGAUGGCCCAGUAGAUAACUCGUGGACAGAGCAUUUAAACUCUGUGCUAGAUGACACGAAGACAUUGUGUCUAGCAAACAGUGAAAGAAUCACUUUAAAUGAAAAAAUACGAGUGAUUUUCGAAGUGGACAGUCUCUCUGAGGCCUGUCCUGCUAUUGUCAGCCGAUGUGCUAUGAUCUAUAUGGAUCCUGUCGACCUAGGAUGGGAGCCUUAUGUUAAGUCAUGGCUUUCAAAAAUGUCUAAAACCAUCAGUCAAUCAGGAGUAGAUUGUCUUGAAUUCAUGAUUAAAAACAGUGUCGCAGAAGGACUGCAGUUUAUAAGGAAGCAUCAAAAAUGCCAGCCAUUUCCUGUCCAGGACAUAACACUUGUCACAACUCUCUGCAGAAUCCUUGAAGCUUUCUUUGAAUUCAUCUGUAAAACUGAGCACAGUGAAGACUUAAAGGAUGUUUCAGCUGAGGACAUAGUUCUGUCAUCUUCCAAAGUUAAAUUUAAGUACACAGGAAAAAGAGCUGAAAAUUCGAGCUUGCUGAAGAAAAAUCCUGAUAAAUUAAACAUUCUGAUUCAGAAGCUUUACGUGUUCGCAUUUACUUGGGCUUUUGGGGGAACUUUAAAGCGAGAAGAUGAACCUGACGAUGAUAUGCUAUUAUACUCGAGCUCUGAGCCCGAUUCUGUUGCCAAAGUGACCUCUGAUUUUGACAGCCUGCUUUACGAACUAUUUGAAGGAAAUUCACAGAUUGGCAUAAAGCUCCCAGCUGGUCACCAAUCUAUGUUUUGGUAUUUUGUGGACAUACAACAAUGUGAAUUUGUGCUGUGGACAGAAUUACUUCCCAAUAUUCAUACUCUGAUUCAGAGAGGGACUUCACUGCUAGCCGAUUCUCAAGGACCCAAUGAGAACCUCAUGAAGAUCGCAGAAUAUGGAGAGAGCAUCAACCACAUCGCUACCAGAGACACAACAAGUAUUUCUUUUCUCACAAGUCUUCUACUGGGACAUUCCUGUCCUGUUCUUCUCACAGGAGACUUUGGUGUUGGAAAGACUGUCACUAUCAAUCAGAUGCUUGCAAGGCUGGAAAAUUCAGGAGCUUAUGAUGUCAAAUGCGGAUCAAUUCUAGGAGAAGUUCUGUUAUUUAAUGAAAUCAAGAAAACAAGCCUGAAACAGAACAUCAACAUCUUGAUUGCUGACACUCACAAGUCAUCAACUGUAAGUCUAGAUAAAGCAACUAGAAAGUCAGAUAUCACAAGUGAUGAAAGUUCAUUUAGACAUGAUAGUAAAGGAAUCACGGUCUCUACAAUCAACUUUAGCAUCAGCAUGACAGCUGCCAAAACCAAGGAGCUGAUCCUCAGGAAGUUAAUGAGAAGAACGAAUGACACUCUCGGAGCACCUAAAAGCAACAAGGCUUUGAUAUUCAUUGAUGAUCUGAGCAAACCAGACCCAGAUGUGUAUGGGGCGCAGCCAGCCCUGGAGUUGAUCAGGCAGCUGCUGGACUCAGGAGGAAUAUAUGACACGGGAAAACUUGCAUGGAAGAAUAUUCAAGAUCUCUCUCUAGUGGCGGCCUCUGUUCCUCCAGUUGGUAAGAGAAGUAUCAACCCACGUCUCCUCAGACAUUUUUCUGUUCUGGUAUUGCCUCAUCCUCCACCAAGUGCCUUGCGCACUAUUUUCCAGGUUCAUUUGGGGAUGUACUUUUCCAUCAAUAACUUUGCAUACGAAGUUCAGAAGAGCGGGGAUAAGAUGAUCUCUUGUUCGCUGGCUGUAUACAACAAAGUACGUCGGAAAAUGUUGCCAAGCCCAACAAAAUGUCACUACAUAUUUAAUCCUCGAGAUGUGUUUAAGCUUCUCCUAGGAUUUCUGCAAGCAGACAAGACUGUUAUUAACUCCAAAGAGAUGGCUGCCCUGUACUUUGUGCAUGAAGCCACGCGGGUGUUCCAUGAUCGCUUGAUUGAGUUUGCUGAUAAGAGCCUCUUCUACCAGUGCCUUUCAAAGGAACUUGAGAAUUCCUUUCAGAUUCAGUGGACCAAAGAGAAAUUAACACAUGACCCAACGAUAUUUGUGGACUUCUUGGACAUAAACAAAUCUCACAGGAAAAAGACCUAUCAGAAUACCAAUGACUAUAAUAAGCUCGCCAGUGUGCUUCAUGAAUUUCAAAUGAAGUUGAGUUUAAUGUCCUUGGAGAUUUCUCACUCCAUGGUGUUCUUUAAAGAGUCCAUAGAGCACAUCACCAGAGCCACAAGAGUGCUUCGACAGCCUAGGAAUCACAUGUUACUGAUCGGAGUAGAUGGAACUGGAAAGGAAGCCUGUUCGACCCUGGCCUGUUACUUGGCGGAGCGCAAACUCUACCACAUAUCUUUAUCCCACAACUAUGACUACACGGAAUUCAAAGAAGGCUUCAAGAAGGUGUUUAUUCAAGCAGGGAUAGAAGGAAACCCCACUGUCUUGGUAGUUUCUCGCGUCAACAUAGAUCAGGGAUCGUUUUUGGAAGAUCUGAACGACAUUGUUCACUUGGGGAAAAUAUCUGACUUGUUUGAAAGCGAGGAGCUGGACACCAUUGCGCUGAGGAUCAGGCCUUCUGCUGAACAGUUCGGCUACAGCGACAGCAGACAGUCUCUGCUUUCCUUUUUCCAAAAGCGGAUAUAUAAGAAUCUCCAUAUUUUUAUAACCAUGAAUCCUUCAGAGCCCAGCUUCCGCCAAAACUGUCGCGACUACGCUUCUAUGAUAAGCGCCUGCACGAUGGACUGGUAUGAGAAGUGGCCUGAAGAAUCUUUCCUCAUUGUCACCAACUCCUUCCUAAAAGAGAACGUGGACCUGCAGAACCGAGAGGACUUAAAGGGAAAACUCGCCCCAGUUUGUGUCCACAUCCACAAAAGUGCAAAAGAAUUGAGCACAAAAUGCCUUGGGAAAACUAUGAAGUUUUACAUCACUCCCAACAGAUACUUGCUGUUCAUGGAAACCUUUGCACACAUUCUAAAACUGCGAGAAAAGGAAAUGCAAAGGAAGAGGGACCGUUUCCAAAUGGGUCUAUCCAGGAUUCUGGAAGCAAGCUCUCUAUUUACAGAAAUGCAGGAGGAGCUCUUGGUGCUUGGCCCUCAGAUAGAACAAAAAAUCAAGGACAAAGAAGCGCUAGUGGAAAAACUGCAGAAAGAUUCCCAAGCAGUGGAGAAAGUUCAGGUGCUUGUUAAACAGGAUGAAGAUAUGAUGGCAGAAGAAGUAAAAAUUGUGGAACAUUACGCUCAGAAAACUGCUAAUGAACUCAAAGUUGUCCAGCCAGCUAUAGAAAAGGCGAUUGCAUCUCUGAAUGCCCUGGAUAAAGCUGAUGUGGCUGAGCUGAGAGUGUACACAAGGCCUCCCUUCCUCGUACUGACUGUCAUGAAUGCAGUUUGUAUUGUUCUGCAAAAGAAGCCCAACUGGGCGACAGCAAAGUUGCUGCUGUCAGAAACUGGUUUCCUAAAAAAACUCAUCAACCUCGAUAAGGACAGCAUACCUGAGAAGGUUUUCGUGAAACUGAAAAAAAUUUUAGUCUUGCCUGAUUUCAACCCAGCCAAGAUCGCUCUAGUUUCCGUCGCUUGCUGCUCCAUGUGCCAGUGGGUGAUAGCUCUGAAUAGCUACUACGAGGUGCAGAAGAUGAUGGGGCCUAAGCAAAACAAAAUAGCUGAAGCUCAGAAUGUCCUAAAAAUCAAACGACAGAGGCUGGCCGAGAAACAAAGAGGCUUACAGCUGAUUGAAGAGCACCUCCUGGUCUUGCAGGCCGCCUAUAAAGACCUUAUUGAAGAAACAGAACUGUUGACAAGUCGGAGAAAGCUGGUCACCAGGCGCCUGCAGUACGCGGCUAUCCUCCUGACCUCCCUGGAAGACGAGAAGACUCGAUGGCAAGAAACAAUCAAUCAAAUAGACAUAAAGUUGAAAGGAGUUCUGGGCGACAUACUUAUAUCAUCGGCGUUUAUUGUCUACAGUGGAAUACUCACGGCAGAUUUUCGCCAGAUGAUUGUGAAUGAAUGGGAGAACAUUUGCACUGAAAACAACAUUCCGCUUUCUUCUAAAUUCUCUUUAAUUGAAAUCAUGGCACAAGAACACGAGCUCCACCAUUGGCAUCACCAGGGACUGCCCCUCGGUGAGUAUUCGGCAGAGAACGCCAUCUUAGUCAAGAACUGUCUGAAGUGGCCGCUGAUGCUUGACCCGCAUAAGCAGGCACACAGUUGGAUCCAUCAGAUGGAAGGUUCCCGGCUGCAGGAGCUCUCCAUUCAUGACAGUAAUUAUGCAAAAAAACUUGAAAAUGCAGUGAAAACAGGAGGAACUAUCUUCUUACAGAAUGUCCCUGACACAUUAGCUCCAAUCUUAAAGGCAAUUUUAAAGAAAGAUAUCUAUCAGAAAAGAGGACAAUAUUUCUUGAAAGUUGAGGAUUCUGAGAUUGAAUACAACCCCAGAUUUAGGUUAUACAUGUCUACAGAACUAGACAACCUUCAGUUUCCUCUGAUCAUCUAUAAUUUUGUUACUAUUAUCAACUUCACCAUAGCGUUCCAAGAUCUGCAAGAACAACUCUUAUCUACUGUAUUAAUUCAUGAAAUUCCUCAACUAGGAAACCAACUUCUCCAGUUAUUGGAGAACAUUUUCCUUGACACUGUGACUUUUAUAGAGCUGGAGGAAAAAAUACUAACUUUGCUGCAGAAUACGCUGGGAUGCAUACUAGACGAUGAGGAAAUUGUAGAUAACUUGAGAAAAUCCAAAUUGAUGUUGAAUGAAGUUUCAGAGCAAAUUAGUGAAACAGAAAAAGCAAAAGAUGAGAUUAAAAAAAUCCGGGACAGCUACCACCCCGUUGCUGCUCGGGGCGCCCUGCUUUACUUAGUGCUGGCUGAUCUUGUGCACGUCAGCUACAUGUAUCAGUUCUCCCUGGACUGGUUUCGUCAGAUAUUUGUUUCAUCAGUAGUUUCCAAAGGCAAGGAAGAAGGAAAAGCAGAAGAAGAAGAAGAAGAAGAAGCAGAGGGAGAAAAAAAAGAAGAAGAAAAUGUAAAGUGGAAGAAAGUACCUCUGAAAAAAGUUCGUAAAAUUACCGAUCUGGUCAAAGUGUCUAGGUUACAAAGUGAGGAAAGCCUUUUCGAAAGGCAUCUUAAAAAUACCAUCAAUGUGUUGACAGAGAAUGUUUUUAAGGUGGUCUCUCUGGCUUUAUUCAAUGAACAUAAACUUUGCUUCUCCUUUCGGCUUUGCACUAAAAUCAUGCAAAAUAGCAUUAAUGAAAAGUUAACGCAGGAUGAAAUUGGGUUUCUACCAGACAAGGAAUGGAAUAUCUUCUUAUAUUCUGACAUAUUAACAAUCGAUAGAAAUGCAAAACAUCACUGUAGGCUCAAUAGUAUUUAUGAAAUCUGUCUAGGUGUACACCUUCCGUGGUUAUCAGACUCCAGCUGGAAGCAGUGUCAGUAUGUCAGCACAGAGCUUGAGCCAUUUUCCCUUUUAUGCAAAUCCCUUUCAUCAAACAAGUCCCAGUGGAGCGCCUUUAAUAGCAGCAUGGAUGUUUAUUCUCUGAUGAACACACCCUUCUCUUCAGAAAAAGCUUCCUCGGAGGAGGGCAAAGUAACACGAGAACAAAUUGAACAUGUAGAAGCUGAAGAAGCUCAUGAAUCCGUAAAUUUUCCCUGGGAGAAGCUCACUCCAUUUCAAAGACUGAUUUUGAUAAAAAUUCUUAGACCACAAUGCUUACAGCAUUCAGUGAAGAUGUUUGUGGCUGAGAAAAUGGGAAAACAAUAUCUUCACACAGCUGGAAUUAACUUGGUGGACGCAUAUAAAGAAUCCAGCGCCAGGACCCCCCUGAUCCUCAUUCACCCCCCAGGGAUCGACCUCACCAAUAUCAUCCUAAAACUUGCAGAAGAGCUUCAAGGAGCCGCGCACCAGGUGACCAUGGUUUCUUUGGGCCUCGGCCAGAUGUCCAAAGCGGAAGAUGUCAUCACUAAGACCCUCACCAAAACAAAGCAGUGGGUCUUUCUCCACAACUGCCACUUUGCGGUGUCGUUUAUGCCAAGGCUCUGCACUGCCAUAGAAUCGCUUAAUAGUCCAAAUGUGGCCGUAGACCCUGAGUUCAGGUUAUGGUUAAGCUCGAAAUCACAUAGUUCUUUCCCAGCUCCUCUUCUUCAGAAGAGUCUGAAGGUCGCAGUGGAAAACCCUCAGGGACUGAAGAAUAACCUACUUCGGAUAUUUGAAUGCAGCGGGUGCAGAGAAGUGACUGAAGAGACAUUUGAGAAAACUAACUGUGGGCCGCUGUGGAAGAAACUCCUGUUCAGCUUGUGCUUUUUCAAUGCUGUGAUCAAUGAAAGAAAAAGAUACGGAACGCUGGGCUGGAAUGUUGCUUACGAAUUUAGCUCUUCCGACUUGGAGGUGGCCAUUAAGGUCUUGGGAGACAUGAUGGCCAACGAGACCAACAUCCAGUGGCAGACGCUGUGCUACCAAAUCGGGAAAGUGGUUUACGGCGGCCACGUCACCGACCGCUGGGACCAGCGGUGUCUAAGCACCCUGUUCUACCAGUUCUGUAACCCUGACGUGCUGAAGGAGGACUUCAGCUUCUUUGGUGGCCAGUUCUUUAUUCCAGUGCCCAGAUCUUCGAGCCUAAAGGACUACAUACACAUCACCCACUCCUUGCCGGAUGAGGACCCCCCUGAGCUCUUGGGGCUGCACCCCGAGGCCAGGGCCACCCAUGGGGAGGGCCAGGCCCACAUGCUCAUCACUGGCCUCAUCACCAUGCAGCCUACCACCACCAGCCUCAUGGGCAGCAUCUUCAUGGAGAGCAGCGAUGAACUGGUGAUGGAAGUCUUAUCCGACUUCCUAAGGCGGCUGCCGCUGUCUGUGGAGAAAGAGGACUGUGCCGGCACGCAGAGCACCCUCAAGUCCCUCAUGUCCAGCCCCCUCUGGGUGUCUCUGUAUAAAGACCUCAAAGGCUAUGACCCCCUGGUCCACUGUGUCCUGUUACCCUUCCUGAGCCAAGAAAUCGAGCGGUUUGAUAAGUUAUUGUUUACGAUACACCAGUCUCUGAAGGACCUUCAGUGCGCCAUGAAAGGAGUGAUCCUCCUCACCCCGGACUUGGAAGAAGUCUACGACGCUUUUCUCCAAACACGGAUGCCGCCCCUGUGGCAGAAACAUGCCUACAGGUCCUGUAAGCCUCUGGGCUCCUGGGCUAACGACCUCAUCCAGCGAGUGAACUUCUUCAAUACCUGGGCCAAGAUGGCUUACACGGCCAUCCAUAAUCGGUAUAUGAAGAUUACUUCCGUCUGGAAGCACUCGAUCCCGCCAUCAAGCCAAAAGCCCAAGCUCCCUGAUAUUUCCAGGAGCAACGUCUCCGAAGGGUUUCCUUCAAGAUACUGGCUGCCAGCUUUCUUUUUCCCACAAGCCUUCCUCACCGCCAUCCUGCAAGACUACGGAAAGUCCCAGGGGGUCCCCACCAACGCCCUGACCUUCACGCACCACGUGAUCCCGGACAACCCCAACACUGAGGACACGUUCUCCAUCGCCACCCAGAGGAAGCUCAACGUCAUCAGGAAGGCCUUUAAGGGCAUAGACCUCACACACUUUGGAGCUCACGUUUUUGGUUUGUUCAUGGAGGGAGCAAGGUGGAAUCAAGAACAGAAAGUGCUAGAAGAUUCCCUGCCUCUUGAGCUUCACUGUGACUUUCCUGAAAUCUACUUCAUGCCGACCAAGAUUUCUACUGAAAGACCAACCGUUCCUGGCCAGGCACAGUCAGACCUCUACACGUUUGAAUGCCCUGUUUACCAGACGGCUGAGAGGUCAACGCAGACACCCAGCUUACCACCCAACUUCAUAACAUCGGUGAAUUUACCCACCAAGAAGCCGCCCAGUCACUGGAUCACCAUGCAGGUUGCCUUGCUGUGCGAGAAGGAGGACAAGACAUCCACCUCGAACCAGUUCCUUUUCCCCUCUAACCAGAUCUAUACGUUUCAAGAUACUCUGGUGUAGUGAACAGCCUUUGUGAAUAAAGUCGCUGUGUUCAGCCAGA